AUGGGUAUUGGACUAGGCAAUCUCAAUGGUCCUGAAUACGAAGCAAGACUACGAAAGCCGUUCGUGCCACCAUCAGUGACUUUGAAGGAUAUACACGCCGCCGUGCCUAAGCAUCUCCUGCGCAAGGACCCCCUUAAAGCCACCUCGUAUGUCUUGCGUGACAUUGCCCUCACCGCUCUCCUCUUCAAAUUCGGAUCAUGUAUCAACCCUUGGGCUGCAUCGGCGUUUGGCGGCAGUCUCAGCCCGGGGUGGCAAGUGUCGAUAGCAAAAGCUGGCUUGUGGGCGAUGUACUGGUGGACACAAGGCUUGGUAUGGGCAGGGAUCUUCUGCUUGGGACAUGAUGCAGGCCAUGGGACUCUAUUCAACUCGUCGAUUCUAAAUAAUGUAGUUGGAUUCAUUCUGCAUACGGCACUGUUGAUUCCAUAUUUCGCCUGGCGAUCGACACACCAUGCCCACCACAAAGCCACAUCGUCCAUUGAACGGGAUGAAAACUACGUGCCUUACACGCGAAGCGAUUACAAGCUCCCACCGAAGGAGCAAGCUCACAAGUUCGACUAUGCGGAAGUAUUUGAAGAGACGCCGAUUUUUACCCUAGGAAGAAUGUUGAUCAUGCAAGGCUUCGGGUGGUGGGUCUACCUUGCAAAGAACACCAUGGGAUCAAAGAUGUAUCCUCCUGGCACAAAUCACUUUGACCCGAACUCCCCGCUAUUCAAGCCCGCGCAACGGAACUCAAUUAUUAUAUCUAACAUUGGAUUGACGUGUAUGGUGUCAUUCCUGUUUUGGUUGGGACCGGGCCUGGUAGCCAAAUACUACUUUAUUCCAUACAUGGUGCGCCUUCCUUUUCCCAUGGUGAUGUUUACGUACCUCCACCACUCUGACCCCACCAUCCCACAUUACCGCAAGGACGAAUGGACCUUCCUACGCGGGGCUGCAGCUACGGUCGACAGGCCCUUACUAGGGUGGAUGGGCCGAUUCUUUUUCCAUAAUAUCAGCCACGACCAUGUCGCUCAUCACUUCUUCAUAAGCGCUCCUUUCUAUAAUGGGCCACAAAUCACCGAUGCCAUCAAAACUGUCUUGAAGGAUGAUUAUAAUUAUGAUUCGACUCCCUCUUUCUAUGCUCUUUGGAGAUCCUUCACUCAGUGUCUAUUCAUCGAGGAAGACGAAGAUAUAGCGUUCUACAAGAACAAACAUGGCGAAGCGCUUCGGGUGGUAGAUCAAGAAUACGAACGGAAGAAUGUGUCGAAAUCAGGUUAG